ACAUUUUCACCUUUUUAAAGUGUGUGACUGAAGGAGUCCAGCCACUGACUGAGCAGACACAUUAACUUGUCAGCAGAAGACCCAGUUUUCAUCUGCUUGCUCUAAGAUGGUGACUGCCAAAGCAUGGGUUCUCAAGAAGCAUUUUGAUGGUUUUCCCAAAACCAGUGACUUUGACCUGAAAGAGAUAGAGCUACCAAAUCUAAAGGAUGGAGAGUUGCUGCUUGAAUCCGUGUUUCUCAGUGUUGAUCCUUACAUGAGGCCUUACAGUCAAAGGGACAUGAAAGAAGGUGACAUAAUGAUAGGCUCACAGGUUGCCAGGAUUGUAGAAAGCAAAAAUCCUGCUUUUGCAGUGGGGGCCUUUGUUUUGGGUUACAAGGGCUGGAGAACUCAUUUUAUCUCUGAUGGGAAAGACCUACAACUCCUUCCUUCCAACUGGCCAGAAUCACUCCCCAGAUCUCUAGCUCUUGGAACAGUUGGCAUGCCAGGCCUCACUGCAUAUUUUGGUCUGCUGAAGGUCUGCAAGGUGAAGCCAGGAGAGGCAGUGCUGGUUAAUGCUGCAGCUGGUGCAGUGGGCUCUGUGGUGGGACAGCUUGCUAAAAUUUGGAGUUGCAAAGUGGUUGGCUGUGCUGGCUCAGAUGACAAGGUUGCCUAUCUGAAAAAAAUAGGCUUUGAUGAAGCCUUUAAUUACAAGACUGUUAAAUCUCUGGAUGAAGCACUGCGUAAAGCCUCUCCUGAUGGCUAUGACUGUUUCUUUGACAAUGUGGGUGGAGAAUUUGCCAGUGUUGCUAUCAACCAGAUGAAGAAGUAUGGAAGGAUUGCAGUCUGUGGUGCCAUCUCUCAGUACAAUGACACUGUGCCUCAGAAAGGGCCUUAUGUGCAGAUUCCCAUGAUUUUCAAAGAGCUUCAAAUGGAGGGGUUUCUUGUGAGCCGGUGGAAGAACCAGUGGGAGGAAGGUCUGCAGGCUCUGCUAAAGUGGGUCGUGGAGGGAAAAAUGAAGUACCAUGAGCAAGUCACUGAAGGAUUUGAGAACAUGCCAAUGGCUUUUAUAGGAAUGUUAAAGGGAGAAAAUCUUGGAAAAGCUGUUAUAAAAAUGUGAAGAUCAGAUAUUUCUGGGAGACUGGUGAAGCAGAAUGUGAUUCUGUUAAAUGCUUUUAAUUCACUUGUCAAAUCAUACGAUCAUCAUGUUUCUGUCAUUUUGCCGGAUGUUUGGUGAUUGUAACCUCUAAUAAUAAUUCUGGCUACUAAGUAAUAAUUUGGCUAAUAAAUCUAAUAUUCCAGUUGCUUUGCUCUUGAAGAAAUUGAGAAUUGCUUCCUGGAGCUACACAAAACAAAGUGCCUUUAAAUUGCUGAAAAUCAGAACUGUAACAGAUUUGAUAAUAGUUUGAACCUUUCUAUGGGCGGGCUUGUAGAAAGGCAAAUCAAUUUGAAAAGCUUUGCUAACUGAUGGCACGUUUAAUUUGUACCUAUUGAUUUGGCCCAGAACUUUGCAAGGGGGAUUUUUUUUAACCCAUAUCAAGGAGUGGAGAACAAGCUAAGCUAACAGCACUUGGGGAUUCCAGCUUCCUCUCUAGUUGGCUUUUUUUUUCUUUUAUUAUACAGUGUUGCUAUUUUAGUUAUUCUGAGAAUAUGGAAGGGAAAAAUAAACCUCUUAAUGUGUAUA